AUGUCAGUCGUGUGGUCCAUCUGCGUCGCCUUCGGCCGCAUCACCACUCUCUUGCAGGUCAUCCUAUACCUACCACUCACCUUGGACGUAGCUGGUGUGGUGAGUCGAUGUUCAUACCUCCUGCGCCCUUGCGGCAUCGCAAUUGUAUUGACUAUCGGUCUGCGAAAAUUUACGCAGGAUGCGUUCUUGGCGCUCUCCGCUUCAUUGGCCUGCUACUACUUCUUUCUUUCCUCUAUCCGAGCACUCGUCAAAGGCACGAGCUUGGCCUGGCUAGGCACAUUCCUCGCGACGUUUCAAUUCCUCGUCGUACCAGCAUGUCUGCUUGUCGUCUUCAAUGUCUACUCUCCUCCCAGUAGCUCUUACUUCUCCACGAAACCGCAGUCCAGGGCAGGGGCCUUUGCAUCAGCGCUCGGUGGAGACAACAGUAGUGUAGGGGCCAUUGCAGAGCUAAGAGCAGUCCUGCACGGCGUUGGUCUCGCUGAGGGCUUGCUCGGCGAGACGGUAGGGAUAGCUGUAUCUAGCGUGCUGGAAUGGAUUGUGGAGCACACCUUCUGGCUCGCUAGAGCUGUGCCGCCUUGGUGGCACACUUUGCUGAGAUGGAGCAGCCCAGCGUUUAGCUUGUUGGAAGGCAUCUCCACUCUGUUGGUCAUUCAGGUGAGCGCACAAUAAGGCUUUUCGUUGCUACAACGCUGUGUCGCUCACGCUGUGAGCACCGCAUGCAGGUGCUUGGCAGCCUAUCGCGAUACAUCAUCGCCGCUUCGCUCUCAUCUCCUCCUUCACCCCGCCGAAAAUGGCUUUCCUGGCUGCCAUCAUUUGGCUUAGGUGGAGCAGAAGGCUGGCAGCUCCUCUUUCUGGUCAGCGCAGCGUUCGUGUAUGUCUCAAGUGCCGUAGCCCUCUACCUGUCGUUCGAUGGAGCCACUAGAAAUCGCCCCGGCGCCGCGGCAGCUACUGGUGCAGCUGUAUCAUCCACGCUGUGGCUCACUGCCAUCGCGUUUGCAGUUCGAAAAGGCAACGUCAUAGAAACCAGUCUUAUGGUGAGUGAAAUCAGUCAUGGAUAAGACAGGCGCAAGCAGCUUCAAUUUCUCUACUGACGGAGACUUUGCCUAUUCACCUCAACUAGUUCGGCUAUGUGGUAUGGAACGUCUAUCAACUAGCAGAUUCCCUUGCAUUCACUGCGGAUCCGCUGGCACUCAUUCGGUCCUUCAAGACUGACUCGCUCGUAUCCGCGCCUUUGCCGCCGUUGAUCCUCGCAUCUGCAACCGCUCUAUUUGACCUUGCUGGGCAUACGCUAGGUCACUCGGCGCGUUUCAUUGCAGCCGCAGGAGCGGCUUUGCCGAAGAGUGUCAUCGUCAGUCUUGUGUACAGGUUGAUGGUGCUAUACGCUGCAUCGCGCAUCUUGCCCGUCCUGAAGGCAGCCGAAGGCGCGUGGAGGGACCAGCAAGUGCAGCAGGAAGAGGAGGACAGCGGCUCGGAGACCGACGAGGAACUCAGAAUGGACGGGAUGGUAAAGGGAAAGGCGAAAGAGGGAGUCGAGACCAAAUUGCGUGAUCGAAAGGCUGCGGCGGCGGCUCGGCGCAGGAAGCGAUUGCGGCGGAGCCAGGAUCGGGAUGAGCCUUUUGGGGCUUGUGAGUCACAGAGACCUCUCUGCGAGAAUGCACAUCCUCAUGAAGCUGAUUCACCGUGCUCCUCCGCCUACUUCAGUCAUUUCGAUCAUUGUCUCCUAUUCCCGGCUUUUGCUAAUAGCAGUCUACUCGCAUCUUCUACGUGAGUAAGCAUCAUCAAACGCCCUCGUGCCACGCCCGGCUAAAAGCUCAACUCCUUGACAUGCAGUGCUGGACCAGAGUCACAUGACAGUCCAUAGGUUCCUCGCUGUGGGCACAGCGCUGACAGUGUGGUCCUUUGAGCUGGUCUUAGGUGACUCGGAGGAAGGUAUGAGGAACACCUCGUGGUGA